AUGUAUGUGAUAACAGACAAUAGUGAUGAAGAUGAUAAUAGUAAGAAGAUAAUGAUAGUAAUGGAAGAAGCUAGCCCAACCAAAUCCACUAGUACUCAAUCAUCUACUGCUUUAUAUCCCCCAGAAAAUGGUCAACAUCCCAUUAAUCUAAGCAAGAAUAAUAAAUGUCGUAGUUUCACUGAUGAAUUUAAAAGUUCAAGAAUUGUUGAAUAUUAUGAAUAUAAUAGAGAUCCUAAAUCAGCGGAUUGGAUUAAUACAAGUGGUAAUCGAAACAGUUACACUUUAGCUAAUGGACAAUUAUUAGCUCAUUUAAUAAAACCGACGAAAGAUCAAGGUCGUGUAAAUGAUCCCGCUGGUCCUUAUAAUAAGAAUUUAGGUCAAGGUUUAACAUUAAAUAGUACAUAUAAAUUACAUUUUGGUAUAACUGAAAUUAAGAUGAAAGUUAAUGGUGUUGGAGGUGUAGUUACUGCUUUUAUUGUAAAUAAUGGAGAUGAAAUUGAUUGGGAAAUGGUAGGCAAAGAUGUAAAUCAUGGACAAUCCAAUUUCUUUUGGAAUGGAUUACUUCUUUAUGGUGUAAAUGGUGGAGUUCAUUCUGUUCCAAAUGGACCUAUCGAUACCAAAUUCCAUACUUACACAUUUGAUUGGCAACCCGAUCGUAUUACUUGGAAAAUUGAUGGUCAAGUUGUAAGAACUUUAUGGAGAAAAGAUACUUAUAAAGAUGGUGUAUAUCAAUUCCCAAGUAAUCCUUCAUAUGUACAAUUAGGUAUUUGGGAUGGUAGUGGUGCUCCUGGAACUGCUAAAUGGGCUAAUGGUCCUAUUGAUUGGACUAAACAACCUGAUAAAUUAACUACUAUUAUUGAAUCUGUCUCUAUUAAAUGUGAUCCAAAGUAUAAUAUUAUUGUUUAA